CUUUUGGGGGAGUUUUACCAGUCUUGCCUGAUGCCUGUGAUUGGUUGCGUCGGCCCGAACACCUCUGUCAAGGAACAUUGACGGGAUUUACGACUCAGAGAAACGCGGAAGGAAUGUCGUCGCAGACGUUAUAGCUCUGCCGAAGUGAGUCUUAAGUGCUGAGAAGAUCGACAUGUUCAAAAGGUCACCGUUGGACUAGAGUUGAAUAGUAAAAUAAUAUCUUGAGGCAUCGCAGGCUCCUCGUCUCCUGGCGUGACGGGAGACCUGCAGGGAGGCGAGCCAGAUAGUCUUGUCCGGCCUUUGUCCCUAAAGGCCGGAGGAAGGCCUGGCCCUAUGUAGCUGUAAUGCCUCGGCCAAAUAUAGCCUAAAACAAAACAAAAUUAAACUGUCGUGGAUGAGACAAAUAGAUGUUGAUCAAUAUUUUUAUGGCUCGGAAGAUAUAUGAAAAUAUAGUGUCUUUAGGGUAUGUAUUAUCCAUACCUAAGAUAAAUAGUAUUGACCAAGAACUCAUAAGUGUAGCAACAGUGGCAUCUUCCUGACAAUUUCAGUCACUAGGGAAUACAUAUGUGAGCGACGGACGGGUGGCCAAGUGUGGUUACGGGAGUCGGCGUGACCGCGGCUCCACGGGAUCCGUCCUCGUUGCCUUCUCUGUACACCAGAGGCCGCCGUAGCGAAUGAAGCUAAAGGCAAAGUUGAAAUCUUUGCUUCUAAUUCGUGGUGGUUACUGGCCACAAGACCACCAACCUCACUGCCACAGCCCUACCACCACCAGUACCACUGCCACCACCACUGCCACAACAACCACUGCCAUCACCACCACCACUACCACAUCUACAACCACCACCACAUCUACAACCACCACCACCAUGCCACGGGAUUACCGAUCAGCCAGCAAGUCCAUGAUGGACCUGAGUGGCCGCACUCACGACGACGACCAGGAUCCGCUCCACCGGGCUCGCUCAGUCUGGGACGUCGGCCACAGAAAUAUAGUCCCGCGGAGACGUAAGGUUAACUCCUUCACUCCGUCUGAUCAAGAGAUUGAAUCCCUCUCCCGGCCCAAGUCCCUUCCCGCCACCUCUCUCCAGGAAGGGCGCCAGCGCCCUAAGUCCCUUCCCGCCACCUCCCUCCAGGAAGGGCACCAGCGCCCCAAGAGGACCUCGGCUAUCCAAUGGGCCGCAGGUGUGGGCCGAGACGACGCCGGGAAGGCCACCACUGGUGGGACCCUUACCGUCUCGAGGGCGGGAACGCCACACCGGCUCUCCAGCAGCUCCACAACAUCCAAUCCCGUCACGCCCUCGUCGUCGGGCGACGGGCUCGACCCUGAAGUGUUCAGGAGUGACGUCAACAUAACGGAGGCUCAGUCUAUGAUGUCCCUGUCUCGACCCUACAGGACCAGCAACUGCUCCGACGACGAGCCAAGAGGAUUCCGCAAGAAGCCCAGCAGUGCCUUACAUGCCUUGAAGAACCUGAGUCGCAGCACGCCGGCAAUGUCACCGUCGGUGUCGCCUCGCCACAGCGACAGCGAGGGGCCUCCGCGGGUGUCGAAGGGCACCAAGAAGUUCAUGCGACACUUCGCUGACGCUCCCCCAAACGAGUGGGUCCUGAACUAUUUCUCGUGCGCACUGGUGGCGGACAUCCUCCUUCAAGGCACACUCUUCAUCACACCCAACUUCUUCGCCUUCUACUCCAAGAUCUUCGGACACGUCAGCAGGCUGCUGAUACCUGUGACGCAAGUGGAGACGAUCCAGAAGGAGAGGACUGCAAAGAUCAUCCCCAACGCCGUGGGUCUGCACAUGGUGGACGGCAAAACAUACGUUUUCGGCUCCCUCCUCUCCCGGGAUUCCACCUACAAGCUCAUGCUCCAUAUCUGGAAGAAGGCGCAGCGGAUGGCAGACAGCGACAGCGAGCCUCCGCUCUCCGUGGUGCAGGUGGCUGGAGAGGAAGAGGAUGACGAGGUGGAGGACUCGGUGUCGGGUAGUGCAGAGAGUGAAGACCACUCCGAUGUUGCCUAUGUGGUAACCAACCCCAUCCCUGUGUUGAUCGGAGUGCCCACUCUCAUCAGCACCACUGCCAUCUCUUCUCCCUGGACCCGAGACAGCACCAUUACCACAACCACUGCCAACAUUGUCUCCAGCAUUCUUCCCAUUCAAGACAUCCGCAUUCCCUCCACCACAAAUAGCAGUAGCAUUCCAGUCAACAGUUUAGUGGGGUCAGCAGGCUCUGCGGCAGCACGACAAGGGAGUUUUUCGGGUGCUAAAAGCGGCAGCAUAGUGGAAGAGCCCAGAAGAGAUGCUGAUGCUGGGCUACUACAAUGGGUCACACAAGGCUCCCUAGUGAAAACAUGCUUCAGGAUGGGGCGAGUGCCUGUAAAGUUAGUGGGUGAAGGCAUCAAGGAGUUGUGGGCACUACCUAGAACCUCUCUCCUCCUCAUCAUCUCCACACUCCUCCUCCUCAUGCUCUUUGCCUCGGCGGCGUUCAUGCUCCACCGGGUUGACAUCCUCAGCCAGCAACUGGGACUGGAGAAGUACGACGACUAUGAUGGCAUGUAUGAGGAGGUACUACAGAUGCAACAGAGGCUUCAUGCUGCUGCCUCCACAGAGAUCGAGAAGACCCUCAGUAUCCAGCUCAAACACAUUGCCACAGUACGACAGUCUUUAGAAGCCCUGGUAGUUCUCUUCAACAAGGAGCCUCCAAUGAAUACAGCACAGAUACCUGACAACACAUAACAGGAGCUGCACUAGGCCUGGGAUGACUCCAUCAUGCUGACUUCUCACACCUGGUAUCCAGUUGGUUUGAAGUAUGAGAUGGAAGAAACCAGUCCUACAUAAGAUGAGAGGGAAACUGAUAACCUUAUCACAUCUAAAAUAGUGAGGCUUGUCCUAACAGAAGAAUCAUAUUAAGGUUACUCUUCUCAUAGAGGGGUAAAUAGUCUCAAUGUAAUUUGAGAAUUAUAAUCUCAGUAUCUGUAUGACAAAAAAUUUAUCGCUCAUUUUAGAAAAAAAAAAGUAUCCACAUAAAACUCUCCUGAAAUAGCACGUUUACCUUUUUGUUUUUUAGUGCCAUAUCUCCAUUCCUCCAUCCCCUCAAGAGAACUUCUCUCAGAAGGGGUGACACUGUUUUAUAAGAUGAAGUGUAUCAUAUGUGCUUGGAAAUACAGAACUACGGUAAUGUACUUCCCACAUUAGCUAUGAUAUUAUUUUUAAGUUUAAUGCAAGUAAAUAACUACAACUGAUACAUAAAUGUGUGUCCUGGUUUUUAUUCCCAUAUGAAUUUUGUCGUCAUAUCAAUAGACAGGAGUAGAUAUAGACUGUAUCAUUCACUAUAAAACCACUCUGUAGUCAAGAGGAUUAAUGGUACAACUUGAUCAGUGUUCAAGAAAGGGUGCCAUCACUUUCUAGUCAGAUGGUAAUACAAUCUUAUAAAACCUGCAGUUCAUGCUGGUAAUAAACAUAGGUAAAGAUGCCAUAUGUUAUAUCCAUGUUAUCUUUAUCAAAUUUGGUCUAUUUAGUCGAUAAAAUGGUGCUCUUCUUUGCCAAAAAUAAAAUAAUUGCAAAUUUGUAAAAUUGCAAUGAGAUGUAUCUAGUCACUAUUAACAUAAUAGCAAGAGCACUGCUAGUUUCCAAGCUGUUAAAAGCUUGAUUCCUGUUUUAAAUAAAUAUUUCAAUCGCAUUUAAACAAUACAACAGUAUAGUAAACAAUUUAAAAAAGUUUAAUUUAUUGUUAUAAUUCUCUUUAUCCUAGAAUUCUGAAAUGGUUGUGACAGUAGACAACAUUUUAACCAUAUUGCUUAUAAGUACAGUAGUUAAGUUUUUGAAAGUCUUUAAUAUCUUCAGGCAAGUCCUCGAGUUACGUUCUAAGUUGAGAGGUAAGCUUGAAAUAAAGUUCAUUUAAAUAUGUGUUGCACACAAUCCCUCCUGAACUUCACAUUGUGGACCAAAGAUUUUGUCUAUAAUGGAUACAAUUUUUUAUUUUAUCUCGGGAUUUUUACCCUACGUUAAGUUUGUAGUAGUGUUAUGUUCUGUGCCUCAUUUGGGCAUCACCCUUCCGGCCACUUGUAUAGUAUGUUCUCUUCAAUACAUGUACUGUAUCUCUAAAAUUUUGUCCAUUUUUAGCCGUGAUAUUCGGCUCAAGGGUGAAGCAUCAGCCAUACAUAUGACAUAAACAACCCAAUGAUCUGUGCAAUUCUGACCAAUGUGAUAUGUUAAAAGUUAAUUUUCCUAACAAAACUAGUGGGAAUAGAAAUGCUGUACAAUACUACUAUAUAAUUGUCCUCCAUUCUAAUGGCCAGCAGGUUGUUGUUGUUGUUGUUGUCUUGCUUAAUGAUGCAAUCAAGGUUGAUAUUCAGAUUCUUGGGUUGAAUUUGUAUAGGCAUCUUAAGGGCAAGUAAAGAUAAGAGCAUAUUUUUUCUUUAAUACUUUUAGUUGUAUUUAAACUUUUUUUUUUUUACCAUUGAAAGUCAGAUUUGACUUCAAGCAGAUUUCCUUUUUAAUGAGCUACACUUUUUAAUAUCCAUUUAGAAUGUGGGUCACCCUCAAGUGUGCAUCGACCCUUAGGAAAUGCUGUUAAUUUAUGCCCAUAUUUUGUCACUAGUUAAAAUUACCAAAUUAUAUUAAUAAAUAAUGUCAUCAUAGUUGAGUUACCCUUGGAAUGAGAUCAAGAAAAGCUAUUGAAUGCAAUGAAACCACAUUUUGAAAGUGGGAAUAAUUAGCUAAAGUCUUUAGCUAAUUUAUAUUAUAUAUAUAUAUAUAUAUAUAUAUAUAUAUAUAUAUAUAUA